ACGGCAAAUAAUGGAGAGAGGCCACGCAUCAAGAGGCAUCGUCUGAACGGGAAGGCGUAAAGCUUGGGUCGGUUCCCGCCCUUCCUUUUCCCGCCGCGACGUUCAAGAAAACGCGCACCGCCAUUCACUCCUCCCUCCGCCGCACCCAGCGCCUCGUCGGACGGCCGUUUCGGUUUCCGACGACCCGGACCCUAGUUCUCUGGCCGCAGUUCGCCUCCCCGAGUCAGGGUCUGCUCCACUCAGGAGGAUCGCCACCCGACGUCGAUCGGGCGAUGGCGACCUCCAGAGACAUCCAGGAGGUCGUCUCCAAGCUCUCAUCGGACAAAUCCAAAACCAGAGAGGAAGGGGUGAAGUUGUUGGGCACCUGGAUGGAAGGCGAGAGGGCCAUUAGCUUCUGCAAACUGCUCAGCCGCAACACCGCUAAGCUCCGGCACGACGAUAUCCCCCACUCUGAAACCUGGCCUUUCCUUCUCAGCCUGCUCACAAAAUGUAUUUCAAUCGAAAUAUCGACGAGCAAAAGAAGGCCUCCGAAGCCAUUUUUGGCCAGAACACUUCGAGAUGUUAUACAACAUGCAGAAGAUUUUAAGUUCACAGGUAGGAGGCUGGUGCUCCUUGCUGCCGCGAAAGCUAUUUUUGGUCAUCUGUUGGAUGUUAUAAGGGAUGUACCAAGCUUUCGUUCUGAAUAUAGCAGCAUUCUUCGUCAGCUCCUUGGAAUAAAAGAGUAUCGUCUACACAUGAGGAAACGGAUCUAUGAAAAUCUUGUUCUCCUAUAUAUGCACAAGAUUGGGACAAUUUUGGGCGGUGGAGAUCACAAAAGUGCAGCCUCUAAAGAGGAAGUGUUUCGUUUUAUUCAAACACUCCUUGCCUUACUGGAAUAUCCAGUUGGUGACUUUCAUGACAACCUACGCAAUGAGAUAGUGAAAGGAUUCAUUCAUAUGUUUUCAAACCUGAGGGAAGAAGGGAAGAUUUCUCGAAAGCUUAUCGAGUGCAUGAACAUGUAUCUGAUAAAGGAUGGUCCAAAUUUAGGACGGAGAUCUCUUAAAAUCCAUCUAGCAUUGCAAGAUUUCAUGUCUCGCUUCUGGCUUUCAACUCAUGAUCAUGGGCUAAAGGAUGCACUUGUUCUUUAUGCGAAGAUACAGUUGAAACUUGCUCGGAGUAUUUCUGAUAUGAGUGGAUUGAUUGAAUUUCUUCUUGACGUUCUGAGUAAGGAAUUUGAUCAGGCUAUUAUCACAGGAAGUACCAUAAUCCGGCCUUCAGAUGUAGACAGGGAUGUAAGGGCAGCACAUCCCACGGGUCUUGAGAGAAGCUUAAUGGAACUUGCAGCCUGCGUUUUUCAGAAGGCUUGUCUUCAUACUAUUAAGCUACCUUCAACAUCAAAGAGAUUGAAGAAAGAAAAUGCAGCUAGCCGUCUAAAAGAGGGGAUUAUAAGCGGAAAAUGGUUAUGGAAUGGUUCCUUCUGCUACCUUAUGAGAAAUUACCACCAUUUAAUUCCUGAAGCACUUGCUAUCGAUUGGUUUAAGGGAAUAUGUGAAAGCUUUGAGAGAAUUCUCAGUGAGGGCAUCUCCUUGUGUGCUUAUGAUGGACCACUGUGGGUGUUAAGGAGCCUACAAGAACUUUCUUCUUUACUCACGUUCCCUAAAUCCACGACCAGCUCCUGUGCCACUUCUGCAUUUACAAAAGAUUCAAACGAGGUCAAAGAUGGUUGGCUUAGAAUCUGGAGUUCCUUGAUGCACUGGCUUCCAAUAUUCAGUAAUGUGGCUCCUUUGGUGGAUGAGGCACUAAAGCUUCUUGGUGGAAUAUUUUCUAAUAAUCUAGUGCAAGGAUUUCUGGUGCCUCAAGAUGUGUGGGAUCUUCGGAUAUUUAAGCAUUUGCCCUCUCCGAGUUCUCUCUACUUCAUCAUUUGUUAUUUUUCUCGAUCAGGAUAUCAGGGUAACUCUCGAGAUACUCUGUUAUUGAGGGAAAGCCUUUUAAGAGGAGUAUUUAAGUUGUUAGAUUUGAAGGAAGGGUUGCUGCUAAACCAGCGAAAUCUGAAGCUUUUCUCAGCUGCGGUGUUUUCUAUCUGUGCUGCUCAUGAGCUGUUCCCGUCUCCUUCAUCAGCACAAUUGAAUACCUGUAAGAAUAAUGUGGAGCCUGUUCUCGAUGACUGGAUGCAGCAAGCAGCAGAAGAGCAUGCAUCCAUCAGUGAUCUAAAUUCCUUAGAAUGCUCAGUGGAGGCUCUUGGUGAGCUUAAGCUGCACACUUCUAAUGAGGUGCAAAUCCAUUGUUGGAAUUCAAGUCUACACCUCCCUGUUUCUGUUAGGCAGCCCCUUUUACUGGAAAUGGAAGAUUCACUUCUAAGGACUCUGAAUAGAAGCCUUGAGAUUCAGCAAUUGUCUCUGUCCGACCUUUUUUCAUUAUGUGCACUUCUCUCAAAUGUUGUCUAUGGUUCGUUGAUUGUGGGGCAAGGAGGGAAAUCAUGUUUCAUUAAAGAGAUGCUUUUGCAUCUAGAAAAGCUUUUAAGACAAGCAUUUUCAAUUCUUGAGACGAACUUCUGUCAGAUUUGUAGUUCUCUACCUGAUACACCAUCUUCAGCUGUGACAGCUCUUAGAAGUUUGACUGCUUCUCCGCUUCUUCUCAUUUCAAAGGAGAGAAAUUCAUUCAGUGAGGAACAUUUUAGCCGUGUGAAAUCCCUUGCUGAGAUGAUUUUAGUUGGGAUGAAAAAGAUUUUUGAGGAGCUCUCUAUAUUUACCAGCAAAGAGGAAUCUGAAGAAUAUAUGUCAGGGUCUAUCCUUUCUUCAACAUACUCAGAGAAUUGUUCCACUCAAAUGCGAAUAGUUGACAUAGAAUUGGAUGCUGACAAUGAUGCGAGAGAUGGAGACUUGUUUGCUACAAGCUCGGUGUGGUUAGGCAGAUUUUCUUGCUUUAAACAGUUGAAGGUUGAAAUGGUGUCAUCUAUAUCAAACUUCUUCCUGGUUCUGCCUGAUCUUACUUGGGAGAUCAUGUCCAGUAUUAUGAAAAAAGAAACUGAUCCAGAGGUAUGUGAAAGUGUGCUUUACCAGCUAGGCAAAGCGUUUUCUUGUCUUCCAACCAGAGACCCUGCAGACAUGGUAAAUUUGAUAAAGGACUCAAUGAACAUGUCUGAGGGCCUGGAAUUUGCUUCUUCUGGUUGUUUGACUGCCAUCCAUGCAUUUUUGGAGUCUUUGGUAGCCUUAUCAUGCCAUAAAUCAAAGGAAAAUUCUUCUCACCAUGAAAAGGGAAGGUCACCAGAGCAGAAUUAUGCGAAUCUUGGGGAAUUGCUUAGUAGGGUGGUGGACAUUGAAUUUUAUGAGUGGCCUCUUCGUGUCAGGCUGAUUGAUUGCAUAUGCUACUUCAUUUGUCUUGAUCCAUGCACAGCUGAGGGUAUGGUUGAUAAAUUGUUUGCAAUGCUCCAAGAUUCUGAUUUUCGAGUAAGAAUGCAUUUAGCCAGACAUUUGGGUUUGCUUUUUCAAACAUGGGAUGGUCAUGAGCAGCUUUUUCAGGAUAUAUGUUGUAACCUUGGUAUGAAGUUUCCAGUGGCAUUAAAAGGGAUGCUCGUCACAGAGAAGGAUGUAAUGGAUGCUGGUGGGCAGUCUGAAGCAGUAAGCGAAACAGCUAUUAUUACCCUCAGCCAUCUUGCUUUCUCCAGCGAGAAAAUGGAAGUAGAGGCUCUUUUCAUCAUAUUUGCAAUAGCUGCCAUGGAUGCGUUGCAGAGGGCAUUGGUUGUUUUCGUGCUGGACAGUCUUUCAAAAAGCUUAUGUUACGACACUAGGUUUAAGUACUUGGAGAUACAUAUUGGAUCGAUCCUUUCUCGUUGGGUGACAUGUGGCAUUAGCUUAACUACACUCGUUGAGAUACGAUAUUUUUUUAUGCUGGAUUCAGAACCUAAUGUAUUCUUGCGCCACUGCUGUCCCUGGCUUCUUCCUUUGCUGAUCUUAAACAGGAACAGUGCAGCACUUCACUGGGUUUCAAUGGUUGCUUCUGAACCAUUGGCUGGUCUGGCUAGGACUUACUUCGUUCCAAUUUAUUCUAUUUGCAUUGCACUUCAUUGCAGCAAUAACAUUGACAAAGAUAAAGGAGCAAAGGUUCUCUGCAGCUCAGUUUUGCAGAUUGCAGAAAUAACUGAACAAGAAAGAGACGACCUCAUUAAGAAGCAAAUGAUAGCAAUUGUGAGCUGCCUUUUUUCUCUGUGUUCUGCUGCAUCGGAUCCGUCAGUACCUUACUUCUGCAAGGACACAGUUGUACUUGCUGUGCAAACAACAGUCGAUGGAUUCUUGGAUAUGGACAGUAUUCCAAAAAGGGCUGGUGUUGUUGAUAAGAUACAUGUUUUCCGCUCGGAUAGAGUGUUCAGGUUUCUUUUGGAGAUACAUCAUCAGAUCACUGCUGCAAGUGUUCCCUGGCACAAGUUUCAUGUCUUGGCAAGAUUAGAGGCAUUUAUCGAUGUGAUUGGUUAUCGUACAUCAGUUUCAAGCACUUCAUGCUACCUUUUCAAUUUGAUUGGACAGUGCAUUGAGUUCCCUGUAUUGGAGGAGAAAUGCUGUUUCUUAAUCUCUUUGUUGCUUGAAAACUUUAGAAAUAAUAGCUCAAGUGAUUCAAUUUCUGUACUUGGCGAGCAACUCCAGUUUUUAGUAUCAAAGCUGGUUGCUUGUUGCAUUUCUGUUGACCAACGUGAUAGAUGCACCAAUAUGCCUUCUUCUAGUGCUCUGUUUCUUCUUCAUAAGUUGAUUGUUGAAGCGGAUGAAUCUCUAUAUGGUUAUAUCAUGGAGUUGGAACCCCUUCCUGAAGUUGAUUGUUUUGAGAAGAUUAGAACUUUCCAUCAGAAACUUCAAUCAAGCUGCAGCGCUGCAGAUCAGUUUGUCAAGUUUGUACAGCGAAUGGGCGACCUUCCUCAGGCAGUACGUUUCUGGAGGCUUAGAGCACUUCACUGGAAGUUGUCAAUGCGCGAAAUCAUUCAACCUGAAAAGAACAUGAAUGAGUGUCAGAAGGAAUCCAGUUACUGGCAUUGUGAUCCUUCAACCGUUUCAGCAGUGUGGGCUCUUAUUUCCAAGUGCAGCUCGGAUGAUCCAAAAGAUGUUAGACAUAUGGCCGCGGACUUCCUCUCUCGGGUUGGUAUAGGGGAUCCUUACCGUACAACUGUGCGUUUGCCUGGGAAUUCUACAAAAUUUCAUGUCCAGAUAGCUGAUCCUUAUAGCCAGAGAGCAUCUGCUUUCUCUACUGAUAUUGGUGUUUCAGAUGAGCGGCUUACUGUCCUCAUUACAUUAUUGAGGAAAUAUCUGCUCGAUGUUUCAGUUACAACUGUUGAUAUGGCAGCUCAAACACUGCAGGGGAUACUUUCAACUGAAAGAGGCAGUCGUGCUUUGUCAUCAUUUAAUUCAUAUGAUAAAUCCUUUUUGGAGAUUCAUUCAAAGGGAGUUAAUCUGAAUCAUGUUGAGCACUUGUUGUCAAAGUUCGAGUCUAAAUCAAGCUUAGAAGCAACUUCUUUGGAUGAAUCUUCCCUUUGGCAAACAAAUGGCAAAACGUUCGAAAGAUGGGUCUGCACACUUGUCUAUUCGCUUAUCCAUCAUACAAAAGAUGUAACUUUGAGAUUGUGCCAAAAUGUUGUGCUGUUGAAGGCUGAAGUUGCUGAGCUUUUGUUUCCUGACGUGCUUGCAAGUCUUGCUAUAAGAAAACAUUCUAGUGCUGAUCUUUGUGAGUUGAUCUCUUUACAGGUCCAAAAUCAUAUCUUUGUUGAAUCUAAUCGCAUGAGGAAAUCAAUUCAAGUUAUGCUGGAUGCAAUGAAUGAGCUUCGUUUGUUGUAUGUAAUGGAAAGAGCAGGAAAAUUCUCACCUCAGAGCACAAGACUGAGCACAAAGGGUUCCAGGUCUUCAUCUGGUCGUAAUUCAAGGUCUCCUUUACUUGAGAACCAUAGCCCCUCACUUUCAUCUAGUGCAGAAGUCAUAUCAUGCUUGUCAUGGGAUAAAGUUUACUGGCUCAAUAUUGAUUAUCUUGUGGUGGCAAAGUCUGCAAUUUUUUGUGGCUUGUUCUUUUCUGCAAUCCUCUACGUGGAGCUCUGGUGUGAAGAGCAUUUCAAGAGUCUUACGUUGGGAAACCCAGACUUUUCUCUCCUUGCAACGCUUCCAGCCCAUGUAGAAUUGUUGGUUGCAGCAAUGACAAAGAUCAAUGAGCCUGAUAGUAUUUAUGGGAUUAUUCAGUCUCAUAAGUUACCAUCUCAAAUCAUUACUUAUGAGCAUGAGGGAAAUUGGAGCAAGGCUCUUGAGAAUUAUGACCUACUCGCAAGGACUGCUCAAAUGAAGCAAGGGGAUGACUACAUAACCAACAAGAUGGCAGAACGCUCUAAGAGGUGUCACUCUUUGAUGUUAUAUGAAGCUGAAAAAGGAACAGCGUGCUUUGAAACCUACAAGGGGUUGAUGAGGGCAUUACAGCAAACUGGUUGUACCCAUGUACUUGAUCUCUAUUGCCAAGGAUUGACUACUCAGGGUGAUCGAUUUCUACAAGAUGAGGAUUUUACUGAAUUGCAGUAUGAAGCAGCUUGGAGAACUGGAAACUGGGACUUUGCUUCUCUUUCCCUGGAUGAGAGUUUGUUACAUUUGGAUGAGCAGCUAUUUGUUGAAAACAAUCAUUUCAAUAGAAACUUGCAUUGUUGUUUGAGGGCAUUGCAAGAGGGUGAUCCUUGCCAGUAUCGAACAUGUCUGCUCAACUCAAAGCAGGAACUUGUCAUGUCAAUUGCUGAAGCAAGCAAAGAGAGUGCCGAAGACAUCAACUCUUCAAUAAUCAAGCUUCAGAUUUUGGACCACCUGACUCAGGCUUGGUUUCUACGUUGGGUGCCUUCUGAUAAAAAAAGAUGCUCCAUUCAAACAAUUCAGAAGAUCUCAGCUGAGCCACUCAUUCCUGAUAAUUCUCAGUUGGAAUGGCUGAACAAGGAUUGGAAACUUAUUGUAAAGCAAACACAGCUGCAUCAAGACCUACUUGAGCCAUUUAUAUCUUUUAGACGAGUGCUGUUGCAGAUUUUGAAUUGCCGGAGCAGUACAAUGGAACAUCUUCUCCAAUCUGCUUCCAUUUUUCGCAAGGGUGGUAGAUUUUCCUUAGCAACUUCAGCACUGCAGGAGUUUAAGGUUCUUACUGCAGAAUUGGAAGCUGAAAGUCAAAACAUAUGCUCUCUUGGAAGGAUGGAAGAGGCUAAACUACUACGUGCACAAGGCCAACAUGAUUUUGCUAUUAAUCUUGCUAGAUAUAUCUUGCAGCAUUAUCAUUUAAGGAAUGAAGCUUGUGAUGUAUUUCGUCUCACUGGGAAGUGGCUUGCAGAAACCAGAUCUACCAACUCAAGAACAAUCUUGGAGCAAUACCUUAAGCGAGCUGUUGACCUCAGUGAGCUUAAUUCCUGUAACGAGGAGAAGAACAUGGCUCGACAAUGUCAAGCUAAUUUCCAGCUUGCCCACUAUGCUGAUACUUUAUUUAGAGGUUGUGAAGAAAGGCUUUGCUCAAGCGAAUGGCAAGCAGCUAUGAGACUAAGAAGGCAUAAGGCUAAGGAGUUGGAGGCUCUUAUUAAAAGACUAAAGAGUCUGACAAAGGGAGAAAAAAUUGAUUGUUCAGUAAAAAUACAAGACUUGCAAAAACAACUUGCAAUGGACGCAGAGGAGGCCAACAAAUUGAAGGAUGACAGGGAUAAUUUCUUGAACUUGGCAUUAGAGGGGUACAAACGUUGUUUGGUUGUUGGAGAUAAAUAUGAUAUGAGAGUGGUCUUCCGACUUAUUUCCUUGUGGUUCAGUCUGUGGUCUGACCAGAAUGUUAUCAAGGCUAUGACUGGUGCAGUUAAAGAGGUUCAGUCAUAUAAAUUUAUUCCAUUAGUGUACCAAAUUGCAUCAAGAAUGGGCAGCCUGAAGGAGGGGAACGGCUUGCCAACCUUUCAGCUUGCUUUGAUAUCCCUUGUGAAGAAAAUGACCAUAGAUCAUCCAUAUCAUACAAUCUUUCAGCUUCUGGCUUUAGCAAAUGGGGAUCGUGUCAAAGACAAGCAGCGAAGUAAAAACUCAUUUGUGAUUGACUUGGAGAAGAAGCAUGCAGCAGAGAAUCUGUUAAAUGAGCUGUCUUCCUACCAUGGAGCUAAAAUUCAACAGAUGAAGCAAAUGGUGGAGAUAUAUAUAAAGCUUGCAGAGCUGGAAACAAGAAAGGAGGACACAAACAAAAAGAUUGCCGUACCAAGAGAAAUCCGCAGUCUACGCCAACUUGAACUUGUUCCUGUGGUAACAGCUACCAUUCCAAUUGACCAUAGCUGUGAAUACCCAGAGGGGUCUUUUCCAUACUUUAAAGGCUUUGCAGACUCAAUCAUGAUAAUGAAUGGAAUUAAUGCUCCAAAAGUGGUUGAGUGCCUAGGAUCUGAUGGCCAUUUAUAUCGCCAACUUGCAAAAUCAGGAAAUGAUGAUUUAAGACAGGAUGCUGUCAUGGAGCAAUUCUUUGGUCUAGUCAAUACAUUUUUGCAUAGCCGUCAUGUCACUUGGAGGAGAAAAUUACGCAUACGCACUUACAAGGUUGUUCCAUUUACCCCCAGUGCUGGCGUGCUUGAAUGGGUUAAUGGCACAGUUCCUCUCGGUGAAUAUCUUUUGGGAAGCAUGAAAACUGGAGGGGCACAUGGACGCUAUGGGAAGGGUGACUGGUCAUUUCUUCAAUGCAGGGAGCACAUGACGAAUGAGAAAGACAAGCGCAAGGCUUUUCAGAGGGUCUGUGAAAAUUUCAGGCCUGUUCUUCAUUUCUUCUUCCUUGAGCGCUUCUCGCAACCUGCUGAUUGGUUUGAGAGUAGGUUAUCUUACACUAGAAGUGUUGCAGCAAGUUCAAUGGUUGGUUAUAUUGUUGGCCUUGGGGAUAGACACUCCAUGAAUAUCCUUAUUGAUCAAACAACUGCGGAAGUGGUUCAUAUUGAUCUUGGUGUUGCAUUUGAGCAAGGGUUGAUGCUAAAAACUCCUGAAAGAGUACCUUUUAGGCUGACAAGAGAUAUCAUUGAUGGCAUGGGAGUGACAGGUGUGGAUGGAGUGUUCAGAAGAUGCUGUGAAGAAACACUCUCUGUAAUGAGAACAAACAAGGAGGCACUUCUAACCAUUAUUGAGGUUUUUAUACAUGAUCCUCUUUAUAAAUGGGCUCUCUCUCCUCUCAAGGCCUUGCAACGGCAGAAGGAAACUGAUGAUGAUAUUGACUCAAGCUUUGACGAUUCUGAUGAUGAAUAUGAAGGAAAUAAAGAUGCAACACGUGCUUUGAUGCGUGUCAAGCACAAGUUGGAUGGGUAUGAAGAGGGUGAAAUGAGAAGUGUGCAAGGGCAGGUCCAGCAACUCAUCCAAAAUGCAGUAGAUACUGAUCGCUUAGCACAUAUGUUUCCUGGUUGGGGAGCUUGGCUGUGACCGAUAUUUUCCUUUCAACUUCUAUUGUACAGGUCUGCCUCUCUGCCCUAUUGUUGUAACAUAAGUUUUGUUGGGUUGAUUUGCCACCAUUUCUGUAUGUAUAUGUAUCGGGUACAUCGAGCAUUCCUGUUGAAACGGAGUGAGAAAUAAUGUAGGAAGUUUUCUUGUAAUGAAAUGAGAAAAAUAAGAAGUUUUGUUCC